AUGGGCUCUUUCAUCCCUGACUCAGAGGCUAAGAAGAGGACACUGCUGGGUCUUCUCCUGUGCCUGGUGACAGCCCCCCAAGGUGUCCUGUCCCAGGUGCAGCUGCAGGAGUCGGGCCCAGGACUGGUGCAGCCCUCGCAGACCCUGUCCCUCACCUGCACCGUUUCGGGGGGCUCUGUCACCAGCAGUUACUACUGGCAUUGGAUCCGCCAGAGCCCUGGUAAAGGGUUGGAGUGGAUGGGGUACUGGACAGGGAGCACAAGCUACAACCCAGCGUUCCAGGGCCGAAUCUCCAUCACGGCUGACACAUCAAGGAACCAGUUCUCCCUGCAGCUGAGCUCUGUGACUUCCGAGGACACAGCCGUGUAUUACUGUGCGAGGAACACCGUCACCCUGCAGGAGUCGGGUCCUGGGCUGGUGAGACCUACCCAGACCCUUACGCUGACCUGCUCCUUCUUGGGGUUCUCACUGAGCACUAGUGGUAUGGGUGUGGGCUGGGUCCAUCAGCCCCCCGGGAAGGCCCUGGAGUGGCUUCCAAACAUUUGGUGGGAUGAUGAUAAGUAUUACAGCACAUCUCUGAAGAGCCGGCUCUCGACCUCCAAGGACACUUCCAGAAACCAGGUGGUCCUAACAAUGACCAGCAUGGACCCUGCAGACACAGUCACAUAUUUCUGUGCACGGAGACUGCAUGGGGGAAGGGAGGGGUCACAGGGAAGUGAGCUGACCACGGGAGAGCCCUUGAGGAGGUCACAGCCAGACCCAGGGGACCACCUCUCAGGUGAUUUAUCCUAA